ACAUUAUCAUUAAUAAGUGAAAAAGGACUAAGUACCCAAGCUUUACUUGGUUAUAAAUAGGUAGUACUCCUAGUAAUAUUAUGCAUUCUCUAAUUAAAGACACUAUACUCCUAGUAAAAGGAGUGUAUACACAAAAAUAAUUUGGCAAAUUCUUGCUUAAUAACAUAAGAAAAUGAUGAAAUCAUCAAAUAUCAAGUCCUUAAUAAUGAUCUCCCUUCUCCUUUUCUUGUCACUUGCAACCUCAAUUUUAGCUCAAGAAGUUGAGGAUGAGUCAGAAUUCAAUUACAUUGAAGGAGAUAAAAAAGGGCCAGAAAAUUGGGGGAACAUCAAGGAAGAAUGGGCGACAUGUAACACCGGCCAAUUACAGUCCCCCAUCGAUUUAUUGCCUUGGAUAGUACAACCAGUUCCAUACCCUCAGGAAAUUUCAAGGUCUUAUUUUCACGGUCUAGCCAAGCUAAAAAAUAGAGGUCAUGAUAUCAAGCUUGAGUGGCUAAAUGGAAAAAGCAAAAUUCGAUUGAAUGGUACUGAGUAUGUGCUUCUCAAUUGUCACUGGCACUCUCCUUCAGAGCAUGCAAUAAACGGAAAGAGGUAUCCUUUGGAAGGGCACUUUGUUCAUCAAGGUCCAGAUAACAGCAUUGCAGUAAUUGGAUUUCUAUACGACCUCGGCCAGCCAGAUCCUUUCCUUUCCUCGGUAGAAGCAGAAUUAAGAGAAAUAUCAAGUAAUAAUACAAAUGAAAUAAUAGUUGGAUUAGUAAAUCCAUUAGCCGUGCAGAAACCGGGAAAUAUGUAUUACAGAUACAUGGGCUCACUUACCACCCCUGCUUGUAAUGAAGGUGUAAUUUGGACCGUUGAAACUAAGAUUGGAACUGUAUCAAAUGAACAAUUGGAAUUGCUGCGGGACGCAGUCCACGAUGAUGCAAGGUACAACGCAAGACCAUUGCAGCCAAUAAACGGAAGAAGGGUUCACCUCUACAAAGCAAGGCACUGGUUCAAACAAUUAAUCAGCACAUUGUUUGAAGAGUUAUUGUAUUAAUCUUGAAGGGAUAGAAAGUAUGUAAUAAAAUAAAGGGGACUUGUUCUUUGAUAUGUACCAUGGUGCCAACUAGCAACUUCUUUAUCAAGUUCAUAUUUAAUGUAUUUUGGACAUUUUUUUAAGUUUAAACGCCAUUUUCUUAACUUGCAUAA